AUGAAGUUGUCUCAACUCGUUGUGUCAGGAGCGUCUUUACUGGCACUAGCGUCAGCCGCGCAGCCCGGAUUGGAGCGCCGAGGUAAUAAGAACAAUAUUAUGGUUGUAUUCGGUGAAGUUUACGUGAGAGGGUCCAACACUUAUACCAAGUAUACGUCUUUCUUUACUGAUUCUGUACCUUCGUUGACAGACCCUCCAAAGCUAAGUCUGGACCCAGAACCAAGCUCUGAGCCUGAAACACCUGAGGAGCAGGUUCAGUCGUCAAAUGAUGUUAAAAGUAUGUUCACCACUACGGAGUACAAACAACGUACGACUUACUACCCUGUAGAAUCAUUGCCCAAGUCUGCUUCCAGCAGUGCUGCUCCAUCCUCUGCGCCUAUGUCUGAGACUUCUGCUUCGGUUGAACAACCAUCCGAAAACGCCAAGCCUACCCUGCCAUCGCCUUCCCCAUCACCAUCACCAUCUUCCCCAUCGCCUUCCCCAUCUUCCCCAUCACCAUCACCAUCUUCCCCAUCACCAUCACCAUCUUCCCCAUCGCCUUCCCCAUCUUCCCCAUCACCAUCACCAUCUUCCCCAUCUUCUUCCAGCUCAUCUCCUCCCAGGUCCUCUUCAUCCUCCCAACCUAGCAGUGACUUUCAAUCGACUUUAUUGACAGCACAUAACGACAAACGUAGGUUGCACAAGGAUACGAGCACCUUAACCUGGUCGGACAAACUCGCCCAGUAUGCCCAAAACUACGCUGACCAGUACGACUGCAGUGGCAACUUGGUCCAUUCAAAUGGAGGUUACGGUGAGAAUUUGGCGGUAGGAUACCCUAACUUCAAAGAUGCUGUCGAUGCCUGGUACGAUGAGAUCAGGGAAUAUAGUUUUAGUAAUCCAACCUUUUCAAGAUCUACUGGCCACUUCACACAAUUGGUCUGGAAGAGUACCAGCCAGGUUGGCUGCGGUUUCAAAACGUGUGGCCCUACUGUUGGAACCUAUCUGAUCUGUUCCUACGAUCCUCCAGGAAACUACAUUGGUCGGUUCGCUGCAAACGUCUUGCCAGCUGACCCCUCCAGAAGAAAAUGA